GGCGUGAAGGUCAGUGCCAUCGCCUGCCGAGGAUCAGGAGGCGUCGGGUGCCGCCAGACCCGCUGCGCGGCCAGGUGGGCGAACAGCAAAGUUUGGGUUGCUUUGCGCAGAGGAGGGGAAAGUUGGCCGCCAGGGUUUGCCCCUGGAGAAGACGGGUGUCGGCCUCGGCUCUUAGGCAGGAAGGGUUAAGCCUCGGUCACUGCCAAACCAAACUUCUGUGGUGCAAGGAGAGAGGUCUCCCCUGUCCUUCCUCGAGUUGCCGGCGUGACUUUUCCUAAUGGGGCGGGGUGGGGGGUGGGGGGCUUUGCAGGUUAAUUUAGUGGAAGGAAGGGAAACUUGCGGAAAGGCUUGCAUAGUCCUGUUCUGUGCCCAGUAGGUGCCCGCCCGCAUUGGCACCCUCCCCGCUGUUGCUGAGGCACUCCGCAGGGCGUUCAAGCUUCCCUUCACGGGUUUCUGAUAAUACCAGUGUUUCAGUGUAAGGCUCAUGAAAUAUCAGGGGUCCGUCAUGGUGAUAUCACAAUGUGACUUGAGGGGAGAGUCAAAGCAGGAGCCUGCAGGAUGCCCUGCAAACAGCCACAGCUCUGUACUGAAUGGACAGAAUAAAUCCCACCCUAGUUAAAACCGAUGGCUUUUGUUUGGACCAGAAGUGCCAGAGUCACAAUACAGGGAUCUGCUUCAGCUUCCCAGGAAUAUGAUUGAAAACAGCAUGUUUGAGGAAGAACCAGAUGUGGUGGAUUUAGCCAAAGAGCCCUGUUUACAUCCUCUAGAGCCUGAUGAGGUGGAAUAUGAGCCCCGGGGUUCAAGACUGCUGGUGCGGGGUCUUGGUGAGCAUGAGAUGGAUGAGGACGAAGAGGAUUAUGAGUCAUCUGCAAAACUGCUGGGCAUGUCCUUCAUGAACAGAAGCUCAGGCUUUCGGAACAGUGCAACUGGCUACAGGCCGAGCCCAGAUGGGACUUGUUCGGUACCCUCUGCGAGGACCAUGGCGAUCUGUGUUUUUCUUAUUGUGGUUGCCGUUUCUAUAAUCAUGGUGAUUUAUUUACUACCCAGAUGUACUUUUACCAAAGAAGGCUGCCAUAAAAAAAACCAAUCAAUGGGACUAAUUCAGCCAGUUGCGACAAAUGGAAAGUUGUUUCCGUGGGCCCAAGUCAGGCUUCCCACCGCCAUUAUGCCACUACGCUAUGAACUUAACCUACACCCAAACCUAACCUCGAUGACAUUCAGGGGUUCUGUGACAAUUUCACUUCAGGCUCUUCAGGCCACGUGGAAUAUCGUUCUUCACAGUACAGGCCAUAAUAUUUCAAGAGUGACCUUUAUGUCAGCAGUUUCAAGCCAAGAAAAACAAGUUGAGGUCUUGGAAUACCCAUUUCAUGAACAAAUUGCAAUUGUUGCCCCUGAAGCUCUUCUUGAAGGGCACAAUUAUACCUUGAAGAUAGAGUAUUCGGCAAAUAUAUCUACUUCUUACUGUGGGUUCUAUGGAAUCUCCUAUACAGAUGAAAGUAAUGAGAAAAAGUACUUUGCAGCAACUCAGUUUGAACCCCUGGCAGCAAGAUCUGCUUUUCCUUGUUUUGAUGAACCAGGAUUUAAAGCCACAUUUAUCAUCAGGAUCAUAAGGGAUGAGCAAUAUACUGCUUUAUCAAAUAUGCCUAAGAAUUCAUCAAUCAUUAUGGAAGAUGGACUUGUUCAGGAUGAGUUUUCUGAGAGUGUGAAAAUGAGCACUUACCUGGUUGCAUUCAUUGUUGGGGAGAUGAAGAACCUGAGUCAGGACGUAAAUGGAACCCUGGUUUCUAUAUAUGCUGUACCAGAAAAGAUUGGUCAAGUUCACCAUGCCUUGGAAACAACUGUGAAGCUUCUUGAAUUCUAUCAAAACUACUUUGAAAUUCAAUACCCACUUAAGAAAUUGGAUUUGGUGGCUAUUCCUGACUUUGAAGCGGGAGCAAUGGAAAAUUGGGGUUUGCUCACCUUCCGUGAAGAGACACUUCUGUAUGACAAUAAUACUUCUUCAGUGGCGGAUAGAAAACUGGUGACUAAAAUCAUUGCUCAUGAGCUCUCCCAUCAGUGGUUUGGUAAUCUAGUAACAAUGGAGUGGUGGAACGAUCUAUGGCUAAAUGAAGGGUUUGCUACUUUCAUGGAGUAUUUCUCCUUGGAAAAAAUAUUCAAAGAGCUUUCUAGUUAUGAAGAUUUCUUAGAUGCUCGAUUUAAAACCCUGAAGAAAGAUUCCUUGAAUUCAUCUCAUCCAAUAUCAUCAUCAUCUGUUCAGUCUUCAGAACAGAUCGAAGAAAUGUUUGAUUCUCUUUCCUAUUUUAAGGGAGCCUCUCUCUUGUUGAUGCUGAAAACUUAUCUUAGUGAGGAUGUAUUCCAAAAUGCUGUUGUCUUUUACCUGCAUAGUCAUAGCUAUGCAUCCAUUAAAAGUGAUGAUCUGUGGGAUAGUUUUAAUGAGGUCACAAACAAAACACUAGAUGUAAAGAAAAUGAUGAAAACCUGGACCCUGCAAAAAGGAUUUCCUUUAGUGACUGUCCAAAGAAAAGGAAAGGAACUUCAUGUACAACAAGAAAGAUACUUUUUAAAUGUGAAGCCUGACAUUCAGCCUUCAGAUGCAAGCUAUCUCUGGCAUAUUCCACUAUCCUAUGUCACUGAGGGAAGAAAUUACUCAAAAUAUCCAUUGGUAUUUUUACUGGACAAGAAAUCAGGUGUCAUCAAUCUUACAGAAGAAGUGCAGUGGAUCAAAGUCAAUACAAACAUGAAUGGCUAUUACAUUGUACACUAUGCAGAUGAUGACUGGGAAGCACUGAUCAAACAGUUGAAAACAAAUCCUUAUGUCCUGAGUGACAAAGACCGAGCCAACCUCAUCAACAACAUCUUUGAACUUGCAGGCCUAGGCAAGGUGUCUCUUCAAAGGGCCUUUGAUUUGAUUGAUUACCUUGGAAAUGAGACCUAUACUGCCCCCAUCACUGAAGCCCUGUUCCAGACAGGCCUCAUCUAUAACCUCCUUGAAAAGCUGGGACACAUGGAUCUGGCCUCAAGAGUAGUGGCCAGGGUAUUUAAGUUACUUCAAAGUCAAAUCCAACAGCAAACUUGGACUGAUGAAGGCACCCCAUCUACUCGAGAGCUUCGGUCAGUCCUGUUAGAAUUUGCUUGCACCCACGGCCUAGAGAACUGCAGCACUGUUGCCAUGAAGCUCUUUGAUGAUUGGGUGGCAUCUAAUGGAACUCAAAGCCUACCUACUGAUGUCAUGACUACUGUGUUCAAGGUCGGAGCACAAACUGAGAAAGGCUGGUCAUUCCUACUAAGCAAGUAUGUCUCUAUAGGCUCUGAAGCAGAAAAGAAUAAAAUACUUGAGGCUCUUGCCAGCUCCGAGGAUGUACGGAAACUUUACUGGUUAAUGAAAAAGAGCCUCAGUGGGGAUAUCAUCCGAACACAGAAGCUGUCAUUUAUCAUUAGAACAGCUGGCCGACAUUUUCCUGGGCACUUGCUGGCAUGGGAUUUUGUCAAAGAGAACUGGAAUAAGCUUGUGCAGAAGUUUCAUCUGGGGUCCUAUACCAUACAAAGUAUUGUUGCCGGGUCAACACACCUGUUUUCAACAAAGGCACAUUUGUCUGAGGUCCAGGCGUUCUUUGAAAAUCAGUCAGAGGCAACCUUUCGGCUUCGUUGUGUCCAGGAGGCCUUGGAAGUCAUUCAGUUGAAUAUCCGAUGGAUGGAGAAGAACCUUAAAACUCUGACGUGGUGGCUGUAGCAUGCACACCUGCACCUCAUCUUGUCGCCCAUUCAGAGAGCUUGUUAACUUGGGCUCCGCUGCUUUUGCAAAAAGCCAAGGUGAAGCCAGAACCGCUGCCAAGUUGUUUGCACUCUUAGGAGUUCUAGUUAGCUCAGGGCCCGUCUGUACUUUUCAUCUGUCUUUUUCGAAUUGUCUUUGGGAAGUAUGUAGUUAUUUAUUAUAAAAUUAUAUUCGCCUACAUGCACCAACAUCUACAAAAACAGUAAGUAAUUUUUCUACUUUGAAGAUAAAGAAAUAGGGGGGAAAAAUCUGUUUUGGCCUUCUGUUCUGUUUCUCAGUAUCUGGAAAAUACUGACAUGGUGAAACAAGCAAAGAUCUACCAUGGGAGCCAUCAUCUUUGCAGGCUGCUGGUUUGUCAGCCAUUUGUUGCUUCUUAUUGAUAGAUGUUACUUGAAUGUGGUACAACACUUGGCUUCAAAUACUAUGGUAAUGAAGUCGAUGAAUCAUAUAACUGUUAGAAAACUGAUCUCAGGUGUGCAGACCUACUUUGAUUUGAGGUUUUGAUUAACUCUUUAUUUUCUGAAAAAAAGUUUAAAUAAGAUCUAUAACUUAUAUUUUUUUUCCUGCAGAACAGCCAGGUGCUACAGAGUUUUUAAAUUUUUGUUGUAUUGAAAAACUAAGUAAUAAGGGCAAAAGAUUAAAAUUUCCAAAUAUUUAAUAAUUAUUUUUUCAUCUUUUAGGAAAAUGUUUCAAACUGAGUUAGCUUUAAUUAUAAUUAUUUUAUUUAUGAAUUCUCCAAAUCUGUACACCUUUACCACUCCCUGCCAUAGAUAUACCUUAUGUUAUAAAUAAGUAUGUCUACAUACAUGGCAAGCAUUUUGUUACUACUGGUGUCUUUUAUCCUGACUUUAUCACUAUUACUAAAAAUAAUUUGUUUAAGUUACCUUUGACAUUACCUGAUCAUAGACACUUUCUCUGUGAAUCAUACUCAUGUAGAUUUUCAUGUUAUAUGGUAGGGUAUAUUAGAAGCAUAGUAGAAGCAUAUUUUAAAAUAGGGCCUUUGAGAAAUUGAGCAUUUUUAUUUGAAGUUCACCAUAGUACCUUAAAGGAAUAAAGAGAAUGUGGGAUAGGAGUAAUUUGAUUCAGAUUUAAUAUGGUGGGCUUUGAAUUUUUUCUACUGUCAAAAACAGUACCUUUUUUUAGUUGAAAAAUCAGUGGUUUUGUUUUGUUUUGUCUUUAUCAUGGCCAAACUAACUGAUUAAAAGGAACGGCUGAGAAAAGAAAGAAAGAAAAGGGAAGAUGUCCACAGCUGUGUGGUAUUUUCACUCCUUGCAAAGGAGAAAUACUGUACUUGAAUUUUUUGAGCUAUGCAGACUUCAUACUUAGAUUGUGGAGUUUCUUUGAUUCUUACGGGAAAGACUUUCUUCCUAAUAAUUUUUGAGUACUUUAUAUUUUGUUUGAAAACAUCUUGUAUGUACGUAAAAAGAGUGGAUACCCAUUUUCAAGCACUUAAAACACUCCACAGAAUCAAUGGGAAAGGACACCUUUUUUUUUUUAUUUUAGCAGGUAUAAAGCAAAAAAUAUGUGGGAUUGUGUAUAAAAUUAUAUUUUACUUUAUGAAAAUAUUUUUAUAUAACAAGAUUUAAAAUGCUAGCAAGCUAAAAGCUAGCUUUCUUUAGUCCUAGUAUGUUUUCCCCCAAUUUAGUCUUUUCUAAACAUUUACCUCUGGUUUAGGAUACAAAAUCUUAUAUCCUGAGAAUCACAGAAUCCUCUAAAGAUGUCUUAUUGAAACUGGGGUGAUCGUAGGUUUUUAUUUGUCUUGUGCUUCCGGAAAUGAAUGAUAGUUUAGUUGAUAUGGGAAGUUGGUGUGUUUUUAUAUUUUUAGAGUGGGGAAACAUACUAAACUUUGAGGGGUUUUUUGGUUGCUGGUUUUUUACCAUAUGUUAUAUUACUAAAUUCCACUUUGAUACAGAAUUUAAAUUUUGCUACUUCUCAAAAUCAGUUAAGACUUUUCAGUUUUACCUGCCCAUCUUUACAUGGCUACUGUAAUGUAUGUUAACUCUGCAUAUGGCAAAUCCUGUACCGAAUUAUAGCAUCUUUCCUGAGUGCGUGCGUGUGUGUGUGUGUGUGUGUGUGUGUGUGUGUGUGUGAAGGAAGAGAGUGAUGUUUAAAUACUUAUCAAAACAUGAGUUAAAAAAGAGGUAACUUGUAAUCCAUUGCUAUCUUUGUAUUCAAAAGCUGUUCAUUCCCAUGAUACUGGAUCUAUACUGGUUGUAGUGUUAUUUAUAGGCCUCACCUCAGUUGUUUGUAGUUUUAGCAGCCCUCCCCUCACAUUUUCCCACAGGAUUCCAUAAUUUGUAAUGUUAAGCUAACCCAUCUCUGUAUGGCACUUCUAAAAACUAUCUCUAAGUCAGGAAUAUAAGGUUAAGUAACCAGUAGAACAUGUUACAUAGUAAGUAUAACUAGCUUUUGAAGAUUAUAUUACCCCAAACCUUAUCUUUGCCCCUGCAUCUUGUAGAGCUCAAAUAGAUGGACGCACAGCAGUCACAGCACGCUUGUUUAUGUAAGCACAUAGGUCCAUGACAGUUAAGUGCUGGUUUUCAAGUAUUAUGUUCAUUGCAGAGAGACGAUCUACAUGAAUGUAAUGGAAGGGGCACAUCAUACUAGGUUAUUAGGAAAGGUAAAAUUGGAAAUCUGGAAUUGUAGAAGAAAAACGUAUGCUUUGGAGAUCUGGAAAUAGAAAUCCAAGGAGUCUAGUUUGUUCCCUUAAUAGCAAGAGAUUGGAUACAUUAAACUACAGGUGGGGUCAGCUUCCACCCCAGGCUUGUGCCUUCCUGCAUCUUCUUGUUUUACAUAGAGAUCUCUUUAAGUUAAGUGUUGCUGUUAUUUGUGAACUUCUUACCAGCACAGCUUCCACUUAAAUGUUAAUACUCUUUGCCAUUCAUGUUUUCAUUUCAUUGAACAAGAGCUGUCAGCAGAGUUCUGGGUACAUAGAGGAUAUUGUGCUGCAUCAGUCUCACUGGGUACAGAGCAGAGUCCCUUCUGAGCAUAGCAAAAUAAGGAAUGAAAGUUACGUGCUGAGUUUGUUGGAUUAUUGGUAGCCUGUUACUGAGUUGUAUUUUAAGAGUCUAUGCAAACUAAAGCACCUGGACCCAUAAUCUGCAGUUGGACUGCUGAAUUCACGUAACCCCGAUUCGUUUCAUGGGAUUGUGCAGCUCAGGACACAUACCAUCACCGAGGACAGCAUUUUCUCAGCUGAGUCUGAAAAACAAGAAUUUCAAAUUCUCUGCAAAUCUGAAUUUCAUACAUAAGAUGCAACUCUUUUUCUACCCUUUGCCUUGUCAUUUCGUUUUUAUUGGAAUUAACUCUUUUGUAAAGAGCUUCUUCUCUCCCCCCUCUGACACUCCCAUUUGUACUGUUUUGUUUUUUAUUUUUUGGGUUCUUUGUCUUUUUUUUUUUUUUUUUGCAUUCUUUUAUUUUGCACUUCAUUCUCUGCAUUAGUAAGUACUAAAUUAAAAGUGGCAGUCCAAAAGUUAUGAUAAGUUUCCUCUUCUCCCUUUCCUUAUUGCCUACAUGUUCAAUAGCUAAUAAAAUAGUUGAUUGAUUUCUUUGAGUGGCUUUUUGGGGGUAUAUACUUUUUUUUUUAAUGUGCAUAUGUGGUUUUGAUAUGUUUUUAUUUUCUUUCACUUUGUAAACUUUUUCUGAUAGUGAAAUUCUGUCCUGUGAAAAAUCUCUUCCACCUGCCCAUAAUUGCCUGUGUGGGCAAUAGGUACAGAGUAGUUAUGUGAUGUUUCUUUUUUGGAAGUUGAUGGUGAUAUUGAGGGGAGAGCAGAGUAUGUUCUUUUUAAAAAUGUGUACAAGAUGUUUUUGCUGCUAUCUUGUGGGUGUCAUUUCAUUUUGCACUUAAUUCAUCUUUCCCAUGGAUAUGUAAAUAUCUAAUGAACUGUGGAGGUCCAGAAGUAGGACACAUGUCCCACUUACCCCUCUCCAUAUUGCCUGCAUGGACAGUAGCUAAUAGAGUAGCUGUGGGUGCUCUUGUCUUGAUCUAGUCUUGGGGGCUCGGGCUUGUAUAUCAUUCUUUCAGGUGUGUGUGUGUGUAUAUAUGUUAUGCUACUUUUUUACAUUUCAUUUUUAUAUGUCCCUUUGCAUGUAUGCAUAUAUACUUAAUGAAAGUUGAAGUUCAGAGUAUGACAGAUUUCCUCUUUUUUCUUUUCCUUAUUGCCUCCUUGGGCAGUAGCUAAUACUUUGUUUUGUUUUGUUUUGUUUUUGAGGGGGGAUGGGAAGUAGGGUAUGUACUUAAUGUAUAUAAAUAAGUUUGCUACUACUUUGUAUUACUUAAUUCAUUUCGUACUUUGCCCUUCUCAGAGGACAUUAAAGUACCUAAUGAGACGUGGAGGUCCGGAUGUAUGACAAUCUCCUCUUGUACCCUUCCCCUAUUGCCCAUGUGGGCAAUAGCUAGUAGAAUAGUUGUUGGAGUGGGGUUUGGGGGGAGGGUGGGGGUGGGGACAGGGAUGUGUACAUGUUGUAUAUACCUGUUUUUACUACCAAGUUGUAUUAUUUCAUUGGGUGCCCACACUGGAAGGUACCCAAUGAACCAUGGAGGUCCGGAUGUAUAACAAUCUCCUCUUCUCCCCUUCCCUUAUUGCCUGCAUGGGCAAUGGCUAGUAGUUAAUUAGUUUCAGGGGUUCUUUUGUGGGCUCGGGGGUAAAUACUUUUAAAUAUAUAUAUACAUGUAUAUAUAUAUGUGUGUGUGUGUGUGCACACACACACAUUUUUACUUCCUUAUUACAGUAUUUCACUGGGUACCCAGUCCUUCACUUGGACCCAUAGGUUCCUAAUGAACCGUGGAGUUCUAGAUGGAUAGCAAUCUCCUCUUCUCCCUUUCCCUUUUUAUCUACAUAGGCAAUAAUUUUAAAGUAGUUCGGUUUUUCUGAAGUUUUGGUGUGUGGGAAGGGACAAAGGGCAGAAUAUAUACUUUUGAAAACUGUAUAUACAGUGUUUGUUACUAUAUUGUGUUAUUCCAUUUUGUACCGCGUCCCUUACUUGGACGUGUGGGUACCUAAUGAGACGUGGAAGUCCGGUUGUAUGAAAAUCUCCUCUUGUCCCCUUUCCUUAUUGCCUCUGUGGGCAAUAGUUUAGAGUAGUUUUAGAUUAAUUUUUUACUCUACUGCUCCCUCCCUUGAGAGGGUGGGGAUAUAUACACUUUUCAAUGUAUAUGAAUGUUUUUGUUCCUUUUUUCUGUUACUUCAUUUUGUACCUAGGUCUCCAUGGAUAUUUAGGUACAUGAUGAAAAUUAAGGUUCAUUCUAUGAAGAAAAUCUCCUCUUGGCCCCUUCCCUUGUUGCCUAUCUGGGCAAUGACUAGUGGUGUAGUUGUUUAGAUGGGUUUUUUUUUUGGCAGGGUGGUGGGGGAUUUCUGGGUUUACGGUUUUAAAAAUGUAUAUAAAUGUCUGCUGCAUGUUUUUUGUUUGCUUUUUUGUUUUUGUGGCUUGCUGUUUUACUUCAACCAGGUUUGUUUGUUGGUUUGUUUGUUUGUUUGGAUUUGUAGAUCUCAAAUGUAGUGCAGAGGCCCAGAUCCGGAGACAUGAUAAACCUUUUCUCCCUUCCCUUAUAGCCUGUGCACAAUUGUAGGACUUGGUUUCUGUUUUUUGUUUUAGAGGUUAUUAAUGGGGAAUGGGCUUAUUAGAUAAGAUAGGUGGUUUUUUUAAAUGUAUAUAAAUGUUUCUGCCUCUUUUUGGUGUUCAUUUCGUUUUGAAUCUAGUGCUUCUCAUGACUAUUUAGGUACUUCAUGAAAGUUGCGAUUGAUUCUAUGAACAAUCUCCCCUACUCCCCUUCCCUCAUUGCCUGGUGGGCAGUGGUAGAAGAAUAGAUGUUUCGUUUCUUUUUUUGGAGGGGUGGGGGGUGGGGGAAGUCUGUGUGUGUGUGUGUGUGUGUGUGUGUGUGUGUGUGUGUGUGUGUGAAUUUUUUAAUGUAUAUAAAUGUUUGCUACAUUUUGUGUGUUAUUUCACUUAGUAACCAGUCCUUUGCUGGGACUUGUAAGUACAUAAUGAAACACGGAGGUCCAUACGUAUGAUAAAUCUCCUCUGCUUCCCUUCCCUCACUGCCUGCAUUGGCAAUAGUUUUAUAAUUUGGGGUGUUUUUUUAGGGGGAGAGAUAAUUUGGGUGGGUAGUGGGGAAAGGAUAAGGAUAGCGUACAAACUUUUAAAAAAUGUAUAUAAAUGUUUUCGUAUUAAUUGAUUUUGUACCUACUCUUAGCAUGGAUGUAUAGGUACUGAAUGAAAAUCGAGGAUCAGUGUAUGACAAAUCUCCCCUUCUCCCCUUUCCCUUAUUGCCUGUGUUGGCAAUAGUGAGUAGAAUAGUUGUGUAUUGUUUAUUUACUUGGCUUUUUUUUUUUUGGAGGGGUUUCUAUUUUUGGUAGGGGAAUAUUCUUAAUACAUAUGAAUAUAUUUCCUUUCAUUUUGUAUUUAGUUCUUCGCAUGGCUAUCUAUGUAGGGACCUAAAGGAAAUUGAGUUUCAUAAAUUGACAGUUCACUUCUUCCUUCCCCACAUAUUUCCUCAUUUAUCAGUGGCUAGUAUAGUUGUUGUUCUGUGCUUAUUUUGUUUUAUUCUCUAGGAAAUAUGCCUUUAAAAGUAUAAAUAUAUUUAUGCGCAUAUCUAAUCUGUUUCCCUCUUUUUUUUUUCAUUAUUUUUUGUUAAUACUUAGUCCCUUGCAGGGCUGUGCAUGGAUCUAACAAAAAUAAAGUCCCACCAGAUCCCUGUCCUGUGACUUGAGAGGCAUUGGGGUGGUGUAACUAAUGGCUAACAAAUGUACAGCAAAUAAGAUGGGAGCAGACACUUGGGCAUGGUUGAGUUGUGAAAGCUAAUCAGGGUCAGCAUUUCUUACAUUGAUUCAAACUGAAGGAAAGGGUGAGACGGGACCUGUACUGUGGAAAUUCCAGAAAGGCAAGAGGAUCAUACUAAGUAAAAAGUGUGUUUAACGUUCAUUGCUGAUUAAUCUUUUAGUAACUGGUAAGCCAGUAAAAGUGCUGCCUAGAACUCAUUUGAAGACCCUUGAGAGUAGCUUCUUUUGGGGGCUGGAAUUCUGAUUUAUCUACAGAAGUCUCUUGCAGUUCUAUAGAUAGCAUAUUCUCGUGUAGCCAAUAAAAAUUAUUUUGACUUUUGGAAUGAACUUUUUGAGUUAUUGCCAUGGUUCUAGUGAAUAACAACAUGGGCCCAAAAAUCAUUCCCUUAAGAAUUGGGGGGCUAGCCCUCCUGUCUUUCAACACCCAUCUAUGGGAGGGCAAGUUGGUCCUUUCUUACCCAGAGCUCUUCUGUGUGGCUGCAUCUCUCCCUUCCAUUCUCCAUUAGCUGGACCAUUCUUGUUCUUUUUUUUCUUCUCCUUCUCCUUCUCCUUCUCCUUCUCCUUCUCCUUCUCCUUCUUCUUCAGUGCCUGCAGUAUUAGAUGUUAUACUCAAGUACACUUAAACAUGUAAGCCGGUGUUGCCUCAUCAGCUCUAUGUUUUUGCAUGCAUUUCAUAUAUCCAGAUGUGUGUGUUCGCUUUCUUGAAUCAUAUUGACUCUUCAUCCACCACAUGGUAAAUGUUAGGACUCCACAUUUGUCUGUAUCAAAGAAAAUGCAUGUGUAAAAUCCCUCACUCCCUCCCUACCUCUCUUUCUUUCCUCCUUGUUUUUUUUCCUUCAAGCUUCUGAGCAAUCUUUGUUUCUAAUGCUGAAGGUUUGCUAUAUUAUUUUGUUCUAUUAUAUAUAUUUUUUAGAAACGUUGCUAGAUAGGACUCCUAGAACAUUUGCGAAGAGAUGUCAUUUACCAUAUCAAACUCUCAGGUCCUAGUGUUGAAAUAUUAGCCUGUACUUUGCUUAUUUAUACCUGCUGCUGUAGAAAAAACAAAAGUUUGUUCAUGACACAUGUAAUUAUGAUCAUAAAUAAGAGAGAAAGGGACACCUUUUUGAAAUUAGUCAUGGUAGUCAUUAGUGAUAUCUCUGAGCAGUUCUUAAUUUGAAAUACUUCAAAGAAGUAAAGGUCAUGGAUUAGCUGAAUGAAAUGCUCCAGAAGUUGUGCUGUAUAAACCAUCAGUACAAUAAUACACUUGUGUAUGUAUGUGUGUGUGUGUGUGUGCAUAUAUGUAUGUAUGUGUGUAUAUAUAUAUAUAUAUAUAUAUAUAUAUAUAUGAAAUGAGAAUUACAGCAUAAUUGGAGCAUUUGCAUUAAUGAGCAAACUCACGCUGAGACAAACUUAGUCUCCUAGCCGUCUUGAUUAAACCCAAGUGUUCCACGUUGCUAUGAAGAGUAGUAGUCUCUUUCAAACACUUUGAAAAGUAAUUAUUUGGAAACUUGUAAAACUAUUACGUUUUUGUAUUUAGACACCUAUACGGAUCUUCACUUCUUUGAAUCUGAGCUUGUGGGUGGAAUUCUAAAUUUGUAUCAUAACCUGUCUUUUGUGGAAAAUUUUGAAAACAGUAUGUGUAAUAUAAUAUAUAUGCAAAUUGUGUUGUGUCACUUGUAAAGGGAAAAGGCUUAUUUUUCUUUAUACUUCUGAUAACUUGUUUUGCAUAUGACCAGCACUGACUGAAAGGCAUGUGUAAUUGCAAACACUGUUGCUUUUUCUUUUUUGUGAAGUGAAAAUAAAGUAUUUAAAUAUAAAUACUGUGUGGACUAUUUGGAUAAAUAAAUUGUAUAUAUAAAGUGGUACAUCUUCUCAGAUUAUAUACUCUACAAGGGUAAUGACUGUAUUCACUGUAUUGCAUUAUUUGUUUUUUACCCCACUAGUACCCCAGUAUCUCUACUGCCUGUAACUCAAGGUUUCUCAGGCUCACACUGUUUGAUAUCUGGGGCUCUCCCGUGCAUUCUGUGAUGACUAGCAGCAUCCUUGGCCUCUAAUGCAAGUAGCAAAUAUGGGCUAAUGGAACUUCCCCCACCCCCAGUGUGACAACGAAAAAUGUCUUAAGACAUUGCCAAAUUUCUCCUGUGAUGGGGUGGGGUGGGGAUUAAAACUUUCAGUGGAUGCAUGGAGAAGGGGGCUCAGUAAUAGUUAUAUGAACUGUAGGGCAAUUAUUUACUUUUUAGACUGAAUUGCUUCCUAUAAACACCCAGUACCAGUUGAUACAGUAAUAAUUCAGUACCUAAAUCAGAAUGAGACAUGUAACUACUUAUGCCAGUGAAACCAAGGAACACUUACUAUCUGAAGGUGAAAGGACACUAAAUGUUAUCAAAGGACACCCCUUGCUUUGAUUCACAUGUAAUUGGAGUGGGAGUGCACAGCUGUUAUCAAGGGACACUGCAAUAGUUAUGUUCCUGGUCAUGUCUACAAAAGGAGUUUCUCUGUUCUAACCCCAUGAGUAAUCUUGAGAAUUGAGAAUUUCUUAGGCUUCCAGAUAUGAGAACUAGAACCAAUGUUCUCUUCCAGUAAUUGUUAGGGCUUAAAGUUGGGCAUUUUAGAGCAAAUACAGUGUCUCUUAAUCCCUUUACCCAAAAACCUGUUUCUGGGGACACAAAGAAACCUUGAAGCCAUACCUUCUUACAAUCUCCUAUGGUGAUCAUUAAUAUAUUGGAGAAUCAACAAAGUGAAGGCAACCCACUGAAUGGAGAAGAUAUUUGCAAGUGAUCUGUUUAGAGGUUAAUAUCCAAAAUAUAUGAAUAACUUCUACAACUCUACACUAGAAAACCAAAUAAUCUGAUUAAAAUGGGCAGGAGACCUGAAUAGACGUUUUUCUAAAGAAGACCCGAUAGCUAGCCAACAGAUACAUGAAAAGAUGAUCAACGUCACUCAUCAUCAGAGAAAUGCAAAUAAAAACCACAAUGAGAUAUCACCUUACACCUGUCAGAAUGGCUAAUAUCAAAAAAAACAGGAAAUACCAAGCGUUGACAAGGAUGUGGAGAAAAAGGAACCCUCAUGCACUGUUGGGGAUGUAAAUUAAUACAGCCACUAUGGAAAACAGUAUGGAGGUUCCUCACAAAAUGAAAAAUAGAAUUACCGUAUGAUCCAGCAAUUCCACUACUGGAUAUUUAUCCAAAGACAAUGAAAACACUAAUUUGAAAAGAUAUACACAUCCCUAUCUCUAUUGCAGCAUUAUUUGCAACAGCCAAGACAUGGAAGGAACCAAAGUAUCCCCUUGAUAGAUGAAUGGAUAAAGCUGUGGUAUGAACGUUAUUCAGGCAUAAAAAAAGAAUGAGAUCUUGCCAUUUGUAACACAAUAACCUAGAGGUUAUUGUGCUAAGUGAAAUAAGACUGAGAAAUACCAUGUGAUUUUGCUUAUAGGUGGAGUCUAGAAAACAAAGCAAAAACACACCCAUAAACACAGAGAACAAACUGGUUGGUGGUUGCCAGAGGGGAGAGAGGUAGGGGCAUGGGCAAAAUGGGUGAAGAGGAGUGGGAAGUACAGGUUUUCAGUUACAGAAUGAAUAAGUCAUGGGGAUGAGCGAUAUAGCAUAAGGAAUACAGUAAAUGGUAUUGUAAUAAUGUUGUAGGGUGACAGGUGGUAGCUAAACUUGUGAGCAUAUGUAUGGAGCGGUUCAAUCACUAUGUUGUACACCAGAAACUAAUGUAGUAUUGUGUUGUCAACUAAACUUCAAUAGGUAAUAGUAAUGUACUGGGGUAAUGUUCUUAGAAAUUUUGAUUUUGAUCAAAAUCUUCUGGUUACAUUUUUUAUACUUUUUUAUUCAUGGAUAUCUGCAGUAAACAGUUGAACUAAAACCCAUUAUAAAUGUAGAGAAGAGGGGCGACUGAGUGGCUCAGUCGGUUGAGCAUCUGACUUUGGUUUAGAUCAUGAUCUUGCUGUUUGUGGAAUUGGGUCCUGUGUUGGGCUCUGUGCUAAGAACUCAGAGCCUGGAGACUGCUUCGGAUUCUCUGUCUCCCUCUCUCUCUGCCCCUCGCCCAGUCACUCUCUUUCUCUCUCAAAAAUAAAUACACAUUAAAAAAAAACUUUAUUUUUCAAAAUCAUUUUUAGAAUCCAUGCACAGGAGAGUUUGAUUUGGUUAUAUUUUCUUUUUGCUUUACUUCAAUUCAUACCAUAAAGCCCUACACACCUCCUGCAACACACACACACACACACACACACACACACUCAAGCAUCUAGUGCUUCCUAAAACUUGUGAGUUGAACAAUCGACUUACAUGCUAUACAGGAGUGUUAUUACCAGAGAGCAAAAACAUACUUUAAAAUCAUCAUCACAGCCUACCUUCUAUAGUCAAUAAUUAGUGAUAUGUUUCCAAUGCUUUCUGCUUGUUCUUCAUUUUUACUAUGUACUUCAUUUUCUUAUGGAUGGCCAUCCAAUCGAUUAUGUGAUUGUGAUUUCUAUUGUUGGCUGAGCUGAAUUAUAAUCAGGACUUUUGCUUAUACAUCUAAAAACUUUUAUUCUUACUAUGCCGCUCAUUUUUUUUGAAGGAAGAAUGUAAUGUAACAUAGUAAAAUAACCAAAUAGAGUGGUGAAAGUAGAUGACGUUGCCAUAGUUGAACUGUUGAGCAGGCCACACCAGGAGGCAAUAGAUUCAAAGAAGUCAGGGACAGACAAGAAGCCAUGUCAGCUUAGGAAAGGCUUAUUUAUAAAGGGGACUCGGCGUGUUGCUUAUUCACAUGCCAUUUGUAUAGAAGCCAAGUGUGGGAAACAAGAAGCCCUUUUGUUCCAUGUUUUCUCAUGCUGCUCAUCUAUGUGAACAUAGCCCAUGUGAUCCUUGGUUGCUUCAUCAGGAUUGUACAUUGGCUGCCCUGGUAUUUAUGGCUGAGUAUAUCUUCAUUUACUUUGCCUCCUAGCCUUUUGUGAUUUUUAACUUGACCAAAUGCUUGGAAUGUUAGUAUUUUUACAUGGUAGCAAAAGGCAAUGAUUUCUAGAAAUUUAAAUAUUUGAAAUGCUGUGGAACAUAGACUGGCAUCAAUCAGGACUGGAACUGGUUCCUGGUACAGUGAUUUUCCACUUGUCUCUUAAUUCCUAUUAGCCUCAGUUGUCUCCAUUAAUAAAACAGAGAUACUGCCUACCUUGUGAGGUUGUUAGCAUUAAAUAAAAUAUCUAUAGGGUGUCUCUGUGGCUCAGUGGGUUAAGCGUCCAACUCUUGGUUUCGGCUCAGGUCACGACCUUACAGUUCUGGAGUUCGAGCCCUGUGUCACGCUCCGUGCUGAGAGAUUCUCUCUCUCUCUCUCUCUCUCUCUCUCUCUCUCUCUCUCUCUCUCUCCCCCCCCCCCUUCCUUGCUUGUGAUUUCUCUCUCUCAAAAUAAAUAAAUAAAUAAACUUAAAAAAAUAAAUAAAUAAAAUAUCUAUGAAUUACCUAGUACAAUGCCUGUAAAUAUAACAGUGACAUGGUAAAUACCACUGCCAUUGUUAAAACUGCCUGCUGUUUUCUGGGGUGUAUGGAUGUUAACACCAUCAGUUACAGAUGGAAAUGAGUUUUUUAAUUGAAUAUGGUUAUAUAACUUGCCAGUUAGGAAAUUAGGGAAAUACUUUCAGUCUAAUCCUCUUUGUAAAUUUAAGCCUUAAAUAUGCAGAUUUAAUUUGAGAGUUAUUGUAGUACAUUAGAAAAAGCAUGAAGUUAUAUAGAUUUCACUGAAUUUGGUUAAUUAUAAAUAAGUAUGAAAUAAAAUCUUGAUUAUUGCCUAAUGCAGUGGUGGUAAUGACACCUAUUUUGCAGUAAUAACAUCAGGUACAGGUAUACAGGAAAUAGAUCUGGUACUUCGUAUAUGCUCGUAAAUACUCUUUUUUCCUUUCAAUAAUUUAUUUGCCUUCAGUAUGCAAAACAAUCAAGCAUGUACGAGUGUCCAUUCUACCUAGAAAAUAUUGUGUACAACUUUGGGCAUGGCAGAGAAAUUGGCCAAAUGUGUUAAGAUCUCUCUUAGUGCUAGAAAGAACUUUCCAUAUGAUACAGUCUAAUUCCCUAAUUUUACUGAUAAUGUAAAGGAACUCAGAAGCUCUGCCUUAGCUAUGACCCCCAAAUAUAACAUUAUAUGUUAAAUUUGUAUAUGUGUUUGUAUUAGAAAAAGUUUGUGUCGCCUUUGCGACAAAGGAUGUGCAAAUGCCUACAGGAUACUAUUUCCUUGGAAAUAAGAAUAUUAGAAUUUACUGUUGAAAGAGGUGUUUCAUUUUAACAUAGAGUGUGGAGCUAAAACUAUCCUAAUAUUUUAACUUUAAACUCAAUAAUGUGAACAAUCUACCAUGAUUUUGAAAGAGUAGAUAUAUGGUAUAUUAUCAUAUGCCCUUUUUUGUCUGUUUGAACUAAGUGGGUACAAGAAAGUAACCUCUCUUGGGUGGAAGAUGCUAAUGUCAGGGAGGUUCAGAAAGACUUCUCUCCCCGCCAAGGGAAAUAUCAGGGAAGAGGAAGGGGUGGUUAAAACAGUGGUGAGGUGCCAAGUGCUGUAAUGGUUGAUAGCUUCACCAACUACAGGUAGAAGAUGAGGAUGAACCAUUUUCCUAAAGUAGUUUGAAGUCAGCCUGAGAUGGGCCUUUUGUCCUUGAGUGGGCUGUAGAAUCCUUGACUGUGGGUGCUGACUGCUGUCUUUCUUAUGUUUCUACAGACUCCCUGUUGCCAGAAGGUCAGGAACUUAAGGAAGUUUACAGUCGUGGGAAGAGACAAUAUUAAAACACAGUUUUAAAACCA